AUGUAUCUAUUAAUUCUGCUUGUUCUUCUCGGAGCAGUAGAAGCUGACCAUUAUGAAACUGAAAACAUGUAAGUUCCUCAAUUACUGCAAACAGGUAACAUUAAUGUAGGAUCAGCAGACGUCAUUGCCCACAAAUGACCUCUCAGAAGCAUCAGGUGUUACUUGGGCAAUCAGAUAAAAGAAAAAACAUAGCAAAAUAUGUAUUAAAGAUUGACAAGGAAAGUUCGAUAGGAUGGCAUGGAAGUAAUUAAGGAAAAACAAAUUGAAUUCCUUCUGGUGAAUAACUUCCUAUAUAUUAAUAUUUGCCUUUUUUAAAAAGUAUAUAUUUAAAAAAAAUUUUUUUUCAAUUCUUUGUUUUUGCAGUGCAUAUAAAUAACACAAACUGGCGAGAGAUGCCCCAAUAGCAGUCCUCUAGCUCAUCCCACGCGUAACAUGCAGGGCACAUGAAUAACAAGCACAAUUUUUAUGUUUUAAUCAGGCUUAAACAUUUGGAUUUAAACGUAGUUUAAGAGUAUGAGUCAGUUAGGUCGGUGCAAUAAUCAAGCUAUGAACAAUCCAAUUUAUGUGGUUAUGUGUCAUUAGUGAUAGAAGCAUUGGUGAUAGAGUUAAGACAGUCCGUUUUGUAUCAUCUAGUACAGUUAGUAAGUAAAACAAUUAAUGCUGAACAAUGCUCUAUUUGCUAUGCUCGUAUAGUUGUGAUGUCACAGGCUAAACAUGCUGCGUGAAGCUAAGAACAUGCAGGUUUAAGCAAUGCAAGAUUUCUUAAAAUUGGUUUGGUUAUGCUGCACUACGCUUGUCUAUGCUUAAGAAAGGGACAUGCAUUCCAUACAGUGACAUCUGGUCUAACUAGACAUACAUUAAUCCCAUAUAUGAUUACUUGUCUAUCUGAGUAUGGGUGCACGAGUGAGUGAGGUAAAUGGAAGCAUGCCUAUAUAUAUGUUAGACGAUAUAUUAAAUUAUUGAGGCGUAUACUUAGCAUAUUCAUUUCUUUGUGUUAUUUUAGCUGAAAUAUUAAGCUUAAUAUAGACAGUGACUAACAUUCAAGCUUUUACCAGAGUAAACGCUUGAUAGGUAAUGUUGUAAUAAAGUAACCAGGGUUUAGAUGUCUUAAAACAUAUUAUAACAUAAAUUUAAUAAAAGAAUCCCUAGUGGCUUCGCUUAUCUGCAGGAGAAAGAGUCCUCGGCAGUACAGGAUUAGGCUUAGGCACGACAGCCGUGCAGGUGAAGGCGACCGGCAUCCCGGUGAGGAGACAGCAGGUCAGCAAAUAGUAGCGGAUUGGGAGUUCGAGUUGCAGCACAGAAAUCGUUCCCCCGUGUUCAUGUGGGGUACGUAAGUCUCAGUCCUCAGGGUGGUCUGUAAUCAGCCGACGCCCGCUCAGUGGAGCCGUUGGGGUUGUGUGAGUGCCGCUCGGGCCAAGGGACAGAAGCCCAUUGUGGAUACAGUCCUGAUGCCCAUGCUGGUUCUCAGUGUGUCGUUUGGGGAGUGAGUCUCUGUAGCCUCCUGGUGACUUUAUUUGUUUUUCCUUGCCGGGCCCUUCCCAAAGCCCAAGUGGGGUGUUCGCCACUCCGGUUGAUCUCACCUUUCCCGAGCAUGAGCCUGGGAGGUGGCGAGUUCCGCGUGAUGAUCGGAGGCUUCAGGUGCAGCUGAGUGGUAAGCGUGUUGGGACAGGUGGGUUGUCCCCCAUUGGUGUAUGUUCGAGCCAAUGCUGGCGCUCGGGGGAUAUAUUGAUUUUGUCUGCCAUCUGGGUUCUCGGUAUCGGGAGGUUGCCCUGGGAGCUGUGGGUGGGUGUCUGCAUAGUUGGCGGUGGAUUGUAGGGCGAAUCGACGCCGCUGCUUGUUUCAACGCUAACUUAAAGAUCCGGCCUUUGGUAUGGAGUUCUGUCCAGAGGCUUGCGCCAAACCGGUCAAAGAGCUCCCAUUCGCAGGCCGCAUCCUAGCCGCCAUCUUGGUUGGGCCCUGGUAUUUUUGCUUCACAUAGAGUGCAUAUGGUGGAGGCUCCCUAAUGUUAUCACACCAUUUAAGCCUUGCAUUUCCCUAGAUAACAGCUUAACCUUUGGAGUGCUGGAAAAAAAAAAGUGGUUAUCUUUUGAGAUUUGGACUGCUCAAUUCUGGGAUUCAUUUCUGGGACUCUCUGCGCUGGAAGUUGUUUAUAUGUAAUGAAAAAGUAUUUUUGUGUGAGCACACAUACUGUAUAAAUUACAUCUUUAUGGUUAAUAGGUUAUAAUUAUAAUUUCUUAUUUUUCUGUACAUUCCAAUUGGAUAGCUUUCAAAAAAGAUUGUGCGCUAACUCAUUGUCAAAUACAUUGAAAAUCUUGUUAUGUGUGUGUGACACACAGGGGAAGUUCAAGGAUAGAAGCACAUAUUAUAGUUAAAAAUUAAAGGUAUAACACUUUGGAUAUAUGAAAAUUAAAGGCAUAAUACCCUGAAUACAUAACACUUAAAAGAAAAAGCGCCUCAGAUUAGUAUCUAUUUUUGCUUGUUUGUAGGCUCUAUAGCUUGGUUGGGGUAAUCGUCCCCAGCGGGGGGGGGCAGCAGGGCAGUGUGUGCUUUUCGUUUGCGGACGGGUCCCUUGCCGGUCGAUCGGCCGCCUCCACCAUGCUGCAGGCUUCGCUCCAUUUUAGGCCGCAUGGCUGGUUCAGACUCUCGUAGUGCGGAUCGGUGCAGGACAGGUAUCGUUCCGUUCCCUGCGAGGUUCUAUGUCAUAUUCCAAGCACCUUAUGUUGCUGGCUUCUGUUGUUUGGACAGGAUUAGUGGGUUUGUGUCUGCUGGUGCUGGAGCUUUCAGAAAUCACAGCCGGCCAUCUUGGCUGUCAGGCCCCGCCCCCCUUAAAAAGUAUAUUUAGGUGUAUAUAUUGCAUUCAAUCAGAGUUAUUUCAUAGAGAUUUUACCUUUAUGAAAUAUUCAAAAAGGGACGGGAAGAGACAGAGCCAAUUUGAAUAUUUUACAAUAUUUCAUCCUACAACUAGUUCUUAGUUUCAUUAUUUGCAGGUUAAAUGUUGCUUGUAAUAACAAUAAUUGGAGUACUGAUCUCUGGAAAGGUGUGCUGUAUCAUUCUUCUAGCUAAAGUUUUUAACGCCAAACGGUUACAGAUGAAUAGGGGAAUGGUCAAUUAGCUCAGGUUUAAAUGAAGGAGAAGCCAUACUUUAGGGUUGAUAACUGUCAGCUAAUAUUACCUUUAAACUCUAAAGACCAGUUUUGCCACAGAUGUAUCAGACACCUUAUCUCCUUUAAUACUCCUUUAUUCACUCACUUCUACUGCAUCAAUAAUGUAUGUUACAAGUGGUUUAUUGCUAAUUUAUCAUUGUAGCUUUUUAUAUUUUGUUAAAUAGCAUUUUGCUUCUAACAAUUUGCCCUACAGGCUAAUACUUGCAUCUUUCCCUCUAGAUACUAUGUAACGUUAAUCCCAGCUGAGCUCCACUUCCCUUCCACAGAUCAGGUGUGUCUGCAUCUGGAAACUGACAAACCCAACAAUCUAAGUAUCCAAGUUACAGUGACCCUUGAGGUCAAAAGUCAAGAGAUUGUACUGUAUACUGGGAUCAAUCCUUCUACAGGCCCUCUUCAAUGCUAUAAAUUCAAGGUAGGAAUGGAAAUUGACAAAUUUGGUACCAUAGCAGAAGUAGAUGGUGUCCUUGUAUAUUUUGAGAUACAAUGACUGAAUGAAUUAUUUAUUGUUCAGAAAAUGAUUGGGUAGAAGUCGAGAAUUGAGUUAGAAUGGCAGAGACAUUGGCAGAGGAUAAUAAUGUAGGAGGUAAUGACGGGGUGGCAGGAUAUUGCUGAUAAAACGGAAUUCUGCACUCGACCAAAUACAGAGGGGGCCAUUUGCUGUCACAAUGACAUCCACAGAUUAGAGAACUACAAAGAAUUACAUAAAGCCAUAGCCUCCAGCCCCCUAGCAGCAGCUUAUGAGCCUUAUAAUAUGCAAAGUAGAUUUUAAAAAAGUGUCAGAAUGUCUCCAUGUCUACAUAGUAAUGAUUAAUCUUACGUCUGAAUGUCUCCACUGCAAGGCUUAAUUUUAUCAAUAUCGACCCUUCACUUGCCUAUUUAAACCCAGGCCCCAAUUACCAAGUUGUUUGACUUUUGAGUUUCCCAUUGGUCUGCGGUGUUGGUGAAUUGUUAUUGCACUUCAGCUUAUGUUCAGGUUAGUCCUUGUUCAGGUGGUUGACUUGCUUGCUGUCUGAUAACUGGUUCCUGUCUUCAACUCCGCUUCUGACACAAUUUUGCCAUUAUACCCCUGGGCAUCAAAUAUCUUGGAUAGACUUCUUCAUAUCUGCAGGAUUACAAUUGCCAUCUAAAUUGUAUUCUAACAUUGUGGAGUUCCACAGCAGCCUGCUGGUUUAAGUAUAAUGUGUUUAUUUCUCUGUAUAUGCAGAAGAAAAUAAUUAUUAUUGUUUUCAACAACUCUGAUAAUGAUUAGUCAAGGGCCCUGUCCUUUCUAGCCAUAGUACUCAUGCCUCUAUACUAAGGCAUUGUUCAGGGUGUUUUGAACCCAUACGUUCUUCUGGAGACUUGUAAGGAUUUUCCUAAUUGUAUAGAAAACAAAAUCCACGUUAACUACUUGCAUUGAUGGUUCCACAAAAUCUAGAUAAUGGCUGAUUCUCCAAGGGAGAACAGGAUCUGAUAGAUAGAUAUAUACUCAUAUAGGCUCUAAAUUUUUCAAAACAUACCCACGUGUUUUAACUAGGAAGCAUGGUGCAUAGUGCAGGGACAUUGGCGUUUAUAUUAGCUCUCGAAUGUGGAUCAUUCAGAAAACCAUAAAGAGGCACUGGAUUAAAGAGACCAGGUACAGGAGCCAGUGAACAUGCUAUGCUACGCUUCCAGAUGGUCCAGGGCCAAGCAAUCAUUGACAGAUUUCCACCAGGUGAUCUUAGCUGGUUUCUUCUCUGAAACUAUAUUUUUGACAUUUCAAAUUUAGCAUAAGAGUCAUCAAGUAGUGUAGGCUGUGCUGUAAGAAAAGGUUUCCAGCAUCCAAGUAGGCACAUUUCUUCUCACUGUGUAAGAUCCACCCACCCACCCAACCAACCAACCAACCAACCAACCGAUUCAUUGAAAAGAUUCAGAGUUUCUAUAGAGUUGAAAAAUGACCACAAAUAUCCAUUACUUCUUAAAUGUUGUAACAUGUCUUAUAACAGUCAGAUUUCAAGAUGUUAAGCAGGAGAAUGUGAAUUGUAGUUCUGCAACGUCAAUUGUAUACCCCCCUGGCCAGCCGUGAUCUAAGGUUAUAGCGUUAUUUCCAGAAAUUCAUAGAACUUCUUAUUUUCAUUCUCAAUAGAUAAGGGUAGGGAGAAUGACUUCCUAUGCCAUAUUAUAUUGAUGUGAUUAUUAUUUACAUAGCGGCACCAAAUUCCGCAGCGCAGUACAAUGGGUGGACUACCAAAAACAUGUAAUUGUAGCCAGACGAGUUGAAUGCACAGGAACCGAAGGGUUAAGGGGCCUGCUCAAUGAGCUUACAUGCUAAAGGGAGUGGGGUAAAGUGACACAAAAUGUAAGGGUAUGGGUAAAAAAGGAGAUAGGUAGAAUAGUAUUCACUGAAGACUUAGUGUGUUUUUUUAAUGACAGUUGCAGGAGACGAAUCAGAGUGUGUGUUUGUGUGUGGGGGGGAGCUAAUAACAGUUUAAUUGAUACGCUUUUGUGAAGAAGUGGGUUUUUGAUGGAGUGAAGACUUAAUGAGCGUCUAAUGGAGAAGGGAAUGGAAAGGUGCUGCCCGAGAGAAUUCUUGAAGGCGAGCAUCAGAGGUGGGAGUACAAACAGAGGAUAGAUGUAGGUAUUCGGCAGAGCGUAGAGGCCUAGACGGGACAUGCUUGUGUAUUAGGGAGGAAAGAUUUGCUGGAGGAGAUGUAGAGAUUUGUAAGCAAGAACCAGGAUUUAUACAAAAUAUAUACACUGCCCACCUCAAUAAUAUGAGAGCAACAUGAACUAAGAGAGUCAUGCCGGCUUGGACGUCGCCCGGAUUAACAAGGUCCACAUCAGAUGCCAGGGCAAUUUGAUGACAAGUGGGCUACUGGAACAAAUCAUUCCUGGACACGGAGCGAGAACCUAGACCUGCUUGAAUGCUACUACAACAGUAGACCCAACAAGAGAAACUACAUGAAACGUGUGUGGGAGCUAUGGAUGAACAAGAGACCAUCAUCUACCCUAACACCAAAACAGGUGGUUACACGUUUGAACAUCUGCAAGAGAAAUCUAGUGUCACAACUGGAAUUAAACAGACUACAGAAGAAAUCAAUCAUGCAUCAUGAGGAGGAAGAAAUUCCCUUACCCACAUUCUUACCAGCACCUGAGAAUUGCCAACCUGACUCCAUACCCCAAGAAGGCAUAACAACAGACAUAAGGGAAAUGAUCCUAGAAAAACUAGCAGUCGUUGACCAGAGGACAAGACUAACGAUGAUCGCUGGAAAGCUACCACCAGACAGCAUACUAGCUGCAGUUAAUGAAGCAUUGUCCACAAUCCCAACCUGCACCAUCACUGAGACCAACAGGCUCAUAUAUGCCACAGCACUAGUGGUCCUCCAGCAACUUGACUACAAGAUCAGGCUCAAUGAGAAGCAAUGCCCACCAUGGAGACUACGACUGGAAGCCAAGAUAAAGACAACAAGGAAGGAAGUUAGUAAGCUGGAUCAACUUAUCAGAGGUGGAAAGAUCAAAGAUAGAUCCUGGCUGCUGUGGAAGUACAAGGAUAUGCCUAUACCGGAAGCAAAGACUGACAGCACUGGCAACCAGACUAAACAGACACACCAGAGAAGCAUAGGCUAAGAGAAUCAAUGCUCUCUGAGACUGAACAGUACUGGAAGAGUAUCUGGGAGAAAGAACACCAAGGCCCAGUGGCUAAUAGAACUGAAAGCAGACCACUGCAUGAUGCCAGAACAGGAACCAGUCACCAUCACAGUCGAAGAAAUCCAACAGAGAGCAGCACACAUGAAGAGUUGGUCAGCCCCAGGACCUGACAUGAUCCACAACUACUGGAUAAAGAAAUUAACAGCACUGCAUGAACACCUAGCAGCACCAAUGAACCAACUACUAGCAACCUGCUCCCAUCCUGACUGGCUAACACAAUGCAGAAUACUGGUCAUGAAGGAACCUCACAAGGGAACAACACCAUCCAAAUACUGACCAAUAUCCUGCCUCCCCACAACACAGAAUCUCUUUUCAGGCAUCGUAGCCUCCAAGAUCCAAGGGCAUAUGAGUCAAUAUAUGAGCAAUACUCAGAAGAGGAUUGGAAACAAUACCAGAGGAUCAAAACACCAACUACUGGUAGACCAAGCAGUCACAAGGGAUUCUAAGAUCAGACAGAUCUGUGCAUGGCCUGGAUUGACUACAAGAAAGCCGAUGACACAAUGCCACACACAUGGUUACUGGAAUGCUUGGCUAUGCACAAGGUCAGCAAGACAAUAAGAGCCUUCAUCAAGAACUCGAUGGGCAAGUGGAAAACAACCGUAGAAGCCAAUUUCAGGACAAUAAAUCAAGUGAACAUCAAAUGUGGCAUAUACCAAGGUGAUGCGGUAUCCCUAAUGCUGUUCUGCAUAGGCCUCAACCCCCUUACCAGAUCAUCAAGAAGAGUGGAUAAGGAUACAGGUUCAAGAGUGGAGCCACCUACUCUACAUGGACGACAUCAGGCUGUAUGCGAGGAAUGAGUGGGACAUUGACUCACUGAUCCACCUAAUUAGGAUAUACAGCAAGGACAUCGGAAUGUUAUUCGAACUAGAGAAGUGCGGGUGGAUAAUAGCAAAAAGAAGGAAGAUGAUCAGGACAGAAGGAGUUCUGUCCAGAUGGUUAAGUUCCAGAAGGCUAAAUAGAAGAUGUAGAGAACAGCUACAAGUAUCUGGCCACAAACGCAUGGCAACCAUGAGGAAGAGGCAAGGAAGAUAGCAACAUCCAAGUACCUCCAGAGAGUCAGACAGGUCCUGAAGUCCCAGCUCAAUGGCAAGAACAAGAUCCAAGCCAUCAACACGUAUGCCUUACUGGUCAUCAGGUACGCAGCUGGAAUAAUAACCUGGUCAAGAGAAGAACUGGUCACCAUGGAUGACAAGAUCAGAAAACUACUCACUAUGAAUGGAGGAUUCAACCUGAAAUCCAGCAUUCAGAGACUGUACAUCUGCCGGAAGAAAAGAGGUCAGGGCCUGAUGAGUGUCAAGGCCACAGUCCUGGAUGAAACACAGAGCAUCCAAAGGUACACCACGAAGAUGGCUACCAAAGAUGAACUGCUAAGUGUAUGCCUGAGACUUCAACAAAUAGAGGAUGCAGAGAAAGAGGAGGUUCCUUGGCAAGACAAAACUCUCCAUGGGGUGUUCCACCGGCAGAUAGUGGAUGUGGCAGGACUGCUGAAAGACAGCACUGAGGCACUAAUCAUAGCAGCACAGGAACAGGCACUCAGCACCAGAUCAAUAGAAGCUGGAGUGUACCACACCAGGCAAGAACCAAGGUGCAGACUGUGCAAAGAGGCCUCUGAGACAGUCCAGCACCUAGUAGCCGGAUGCAAGAUGUUAGCAGGAACAGCAUUCACAGAGAGACACAAACAAGUUUCUGGGACUGUCUACCGAAACAUCUGCACAGAAUAUGGAAUGGACCUGAUGGGAGAUACCACAAAGGGUAGUUGAGAAUGAUAGGGCAAAGAUCCUGUGGGACUUCAAGAUCAAGACAGACAAGAAAGUGCUGGCCAAUCAACCCGACAUCGUUGUGGUAGACAAGGAACGGAAGACUGCAGUCGUCGUGGAUAUGGCAAUACCCAGUGACUAUAACAUCAGGAAGAAGGAACAUGAGAAGGUGGAGAAAUAACAAGGACUGAAAGAAGAACUAGAAAGGAUGCGGAAAGUGAAGGCAGUAGUAGUCCCAGUUGUGAUAGGAGCACUUGGGGCUGUGACUCCCAAGUUGGAGUAGUGGCUUUAACAGAUUCCAGGUGGGACAUCUAAGAUCGCUGUCCAGAAGAGUGCAGUUCUAGUAACAGCUAAGAUACUGCGCAGGACCCUCAAACUCCCAGGCCUCUGGUAGAGGGCAAGAGAAUGAGGAAUAAACAUAACACAAAGGAGGGGUGAGAAAAUCAAUUUAUAUAUAUAUAUAUAUAUAAAACAAAGAUUUGUAUUUUACAUACAGAACCCACAGAUCUCUCUGUAAGAUGGCACGUACUAUGUGGGUUUGACAGAUUGAGGCUGCAUGAUCAUUACACAUCCCUGCAACCUCCAGUUUAGUACUUUUAAAAAAAGUAGUACUUUUAAAAAAAGUACUUUUUAUUAUAAAGAUAGCUAUUGGAUCACCAUUGGAUCACAUAUAAAGUAGCAUAAUGAGUUACGCGGGCUUUACUUGAUGGAUUUUAGGCGCAUAUUCCAUACAGUUCCAAUAUUAAAUAUCUUAAUGAGUUUUAUUGCAUCAUCCAUUUCCUUACCAUGAGAAUGAAGCAGGGUUUUUGAUAGACCAUUAACAAUAUUAGGAUAGAGAUUGUGAGAGACAUACCUUAUCUUAAAGUAAAGUAUAUAUAUGUUUUUCUAUAAGUGAUGAAAGAAACACUUGAGGAUAUUUUUACGGAACAAUCCAAGCACCAUAACCACUACAGCUCAUUUAAAUGAGUGUUGUAAGUAGUCAAACACUGCACAGUACGGAUAAGAUGAGGAGAGCUAAUGCAAGUUUCUGCUUUUUAGUAGGUUAGGUAAGGAGUGUAACUGGUGGAUUACCAAGUGAGAAGUCUAUGCAAGCUAUAAUGGUUAUCGUGUUUGGAGUAUUCCAUUAAUAAUAAUAAGAAAAAAAAACAUUUAAAGGAAAACUAUAGUGUUAGAAACAAAAACCUGUAGUCCAAAUUCUAUAGUGCCUUGAUCUAGUUAUAUUCAGCUUUUUACUUACCUUUUUCCUGAGUGUCUUUAGUGGUCCUGUAACAUAGCACCACCUAGUGCUAAAAAGUGAUAGUGAUUUACACUAUAUAGCCUCUCCUAUAGAAUAUCUAAUUUUUUAAUCAAAAUAAGGUUAUGUCAACCAUCUUCUUUUCUUCUUGUUUUGCACCUUAACUCAUAGCAAGUAUAACAAUUUAAUUAAUCUUAUUUUGUAGGUUACAAAGCAAUAGAAUUUAGAAAGCGUACUCAAAAUAACAAUGGAAUUAGACAGAUCACAAUAAAGAGACACUAAUGGCACCAGGCAACAAUCUAAAUUUAGUUGUCUGAGUGCAGUGACCCUUUAGUUUUAAUAUAAAACAUUGCAGUUUUGUAGAAACCACAGGGUUUUCAUUGCACAGGGUUAAACACAACUAUAAUGGCUGUCUUCUUAACAGCCACUAGAGGUGUUUCCCUGUGAGAACCGAGUCAGACUGAGUUGUCCUAGUGAGCAUUUGAUUGUCCUUGAGAGCAUUGGCGGUUUGCCGCACAAGUGGCUGGCAUCCCAAUGCUUCCCAGCCUGUCUGGCCAGGCCUUUGAUGACAUGCCCAUGAAUGGAGUGCUGCUUAAAGGACCUCUCUAGGCACCCAGACCACUUCAGCUUAAUGAAGUGGUCUGGGUGCCAGGUCCAGCUAGGGUUAACCCAUUUUUUCAUAAACAUAGCAGUUUCAGAGAAACUGCUAUGUUUAUGAAUGGGUUAAGCCUUCCCCCAAAGCCUCUAGUGGCCGUCUCAUUGACAGCCACUAGAGGCGCUUGCGUGCUUCUCACUGUGAUUUUCACAGUGAGAGCACGCCAGCGUCCAUAGGAAAGCAUUAUGAAUGCUUUCCUAUGUGACCGGCUGAAUGCGCGCGCAGCUCUUGCCGCUUGUGCGCAUUCAGCCGACGGGGAGGAGAAGAGGAGGAUCGGAGGAGGAGAGCUCUCCGCCCAGCGCUGGAAAAAGGUAAGUUUUACCCCUUUUCCCCUUUCCAGAGCCAGGUGGGUAUGUUUUCCUGGCACUAUAGUGGUACUUUAAGUCACCUUCAAAAUCACUUUUAGGUGAUUUGGGUACCAGGGGUGACACUGUCAGUACAAUAACAAAUAUAGAAAGACCUUGUGCAGAUGUGCUUCAGUGAGAUAGUUGGAUCUACACUAUAGAACAUACAUUAGUUUACAAAAAUAAUAAUAUUGGGGAGUGAAUAUAUUAAAAAAAAAAGCUGAAAAUAGGAAAUGAAAGAUAGAGAAGGAGAAUGUACAGAAUGGAAUUAAUGAGAGAAAUAGGAGCAAUAGGAAAACAUAUGUACAAAUUACAUUAGCCCCUUUUGAUGCCACCAAUUCAACAUGUUGAAUGUCUCAGAUUGAGCCUUCUGUCACCACUCCACUGCUUCUGGUUGUUCUAGUUCCAGGAGUCUGCAGGUAUUAUACAGAGAGUAGCACUAUACAGUGAGUACUGACUGUCCCAGCUACUUAUACAUACAGACCUGUAUUAUAUAGAGAGCAGCACUAUACAGGGAGCACUGACUGUCCAGGGAUAUUAUACACACAUACCUGUAUUAUACAGAGAGCAGCACUAUACAGGGAGCACUGACUGUCCCGGGAUAUUAUACACAAACAGACCUGUAUUAUACAGAGAGCAGCACUAUACAGGGAGCACUGACUGUCCUGUGAUAUUAUACACACAUACCUGUAUUAUACAGAGAGCAGCACUAUUCAGGGAGCACUGACUGUCCUGGGAUAUUAUACACAAACAGACCUGUAUUAUACAGAGAGCAGCACUAUACAGGGAGCACUGACUGUCCCGGGAUAGUAUACACACAGACAGGGCCGGUGCAAGGAUUUGGCUACACAGGUAAAUAUGCAUUUUGCCACCCCUCCUUAAAAAAAGGGUCUUUAUCUGUGUGACUUGCAACCCCCCUUUUGAUUUUCUUACCCUCUUUAGUGUAUUUUAUCCCCCCUUUAGUAUGCCUUACACCCUCUUGUGUAUCAUUUUCUUUCCACAGCCCCUUUGUGUGUCUCCCCCGCCAUUCUUUUUGUGUGUCUCUUUCUCCCCCAACCCCUUUUUGUGGCUUUCUCCCAUCAGUGCAUUUUGUGUCUUUUUCCAUGCAAUAUAGAUAUAUAGCAACACAAUCAUACUGGCACUCAGUCACAAGAUAUGCAGGCACACAAUAUAACAAAUACAGGCACACAGCCAUACAUCCUACACAUAUAGGUACAAUGUCAUACAAACACAGACAUACAGACACACACACACACACACACACACACACAGAGACAUUCAGAUACUGUCAUACAGACACAGGCAUACAAAGACAUACAUACACAGGUUUAUAGGUAGUGGAUGCAUGAAAUAGCCUUCCAGCUGAAAUGGUAGCGGUUAACACAUUGAAGGAGUUUAAGGAUUCGUGGGAUAGGCAUAAGGAUAUGCUAGCUAUAAGUUAAGGCCAGGGACUAGAUGGGCCGAAUGGUUCUUAUCUGCCAUCACAUUCUAUGUUUCAAUGUUUCUAUAACUCCAUAUGAAUAUAUGAAUAGGUAGUGAGAGGAAUUUGUGGAGGGUCAAUUAUUUUGGGAUUGUCUUCUGUUUCUUCCCUACAGGUUCCAUCUACCACAGGUGGUUUAGAGGAAGUCGCCACUGUACGUGUUGUAGGAGAGGGAGACGUUGAAUUUUCGCAGAGUAAAUAUGUUCUAAUACGUAAAAUAAGUAAUGGUGUUGUGAUCCAAACUGAUAAACCUACCUACCGUCCGAGCCAAACUGGUAAGAGAGGGCAAAAGGGCAGGGGGAGAAUGUGCAGAGAUGUAAAUAAUGAAAAUGUAUCUCCUUUUCCUAGUUUUCUUCCGUAUUUUGACUCUAAAUGAAAAGUUCUUCACUGCAAAGAAUCAGGUGAGACUGGGACUGUGAGAAAAAUGAGAAAUAUAAAUAAGUGGGUCAAAUCACUUAUAAAAAUGUAGACAUUGCUGUCACUAUAUUAUUAUUAUUAUUAUUUUAAAUUUAUAUUUAAUUCACAUAUGCAUUAAUAAUAUAAUCAGGCCAUAUAUAGCUGACUGUAUUAGUUGUGCAUAUUUAGGUUAAAAAUAAAAUGUAUUUUUGUAUUUAUGUUCUGUGAUACAAAAUCAAAAUGUGUAAGUGAGUGAAAUAGGUCGAAUGUAUGCGUGAGAUAGUUGGAAUAUUUGUGUGAAAUAGAGGAAAUAUACAGUAUAUGUAGAUAUAAUAGUUUGAAUGUACAUGUGAGACAGUUGUAAUGUGUAUAUGUAUAUUUGAGUUAGUGGAAAUGUACGUAUGAAGUAAUAGGAAUGUAUAUGGAGUAGCUGGAAUGUAUGUGUGAAAUAGUUGUAAUAUUCUUGUGAAAUAGUUGGCAUGUAUGUUGAGAUAAUUGGUAUGUAUAUGUGAAUAGUUUGAAAGUACAUGUGAAAUAGAAUGUAUGAGCUUGCUGACUGAAAUAUAUGUGUUGGCAUAGUUGGAAAAUGUAAAAUUGUUGGACUAUACAUGCUAUUUAGUUAGAAUGUGUGAGUUCGUUGGAAUAUACAUAUGAGACACUUUAAUGUAUGUGCAACAUAGUUGGAAUAUAUGUGUAAGUUAGUUGGAAUGUAUGAGUGUGCUUACUAAAAGAUACGUUUGAGAUAGCUGGAAUGUAUGUAUGAGUAAAAUAUUUAGAAAGUGAAUGUGAAAUAAAAAGAAAAAAGAUAUAGCAUAAAUGUCUAAUUUGAUGUUUCAUUCUUUGCAGUAUGAUGUGGUAGAACUAAUGGUAAGCCAAACACCUUUAAUGGUUUCAUUGAUGAGGAGAUGAAAGGUAAUUAUAUUUAGAAUCUGAAAUUAGAUAUGAUGAGCAUGAGUUGGCAAGGUGAUGUAUAUUUAUAAUGAGAACAUGGCAGCACAUUGAGGAAAAGGGAAUGCGAGUGAAGCAGUAAAUGAUUUAAGAAUGAAAGAACGCAGCUGUGAUAAGGAGAAAAGAAGUGAAAAACAAAAAUUAUAAUAAAUACUUCUCUACAGUACAUACCCCUUACAAAAGACUAGAUCUUUGCUUAACUGAUAAAACCAAUUUGCACAACUUGUGAGAAUUAACAAUUGAUCCUAUUAGGUGGUCAGACCAGUAAAGAUGCCUUUCUCUACAUUAUACCCAGCACAGGGUCGCGGAAUGUGGUGAUUAAAUUAAUCUAUUUUACAGAAUCGAGAUGUUGUUGAAGAACUUUAAAAAACCCUUUCUAAUUACUUCUCUGAAAACACAUAACUGCUAAGCUCUCCAGAAAAUAUUUGGUUAGCCCAUAAGGUGAUUGUGCAGGGACUUUUCAUCCAGAUAGGUGCGAGGGUAAAGUGGAAAAUUGGUAAGGAACAAAAUUAGCUACUCCGACACUUGGCUGACCUAGAGAGCCAACACAAACAGAAUCCGACAAAACACAUAGGAAUACAAAUUAGAAAAGCUCGCAAAGAGCUGGAGAGCAUACAAUUAGGAACCACAGAGUAAUAUAAGUUAAAGCUAAAACAAGAGCAUUACUCACAAGGUAACAAAGCAGGCAAAUUGUUAGCCAAAAAUACACAUAAACUAAAGUUCCCUUCAUUCUUAACUCUGCUGGCGCUAAACUGGUGAACUUGACACAAAUCUUAAAAUUUGCAAAUUAUUAUUAUCCCUCUAUAACUUAAAAUGUGUGGUUUAACUCUCCCAAGAAGCCAUUGAUGACAGGGCCGUUAAGGAAUUACUGAAAAGUAAAGCCAGAUGCCCUGUUGGCUUCACCAACUUCUACUACAUUACAUUUGCAGAGCUUUUAGUACCACAGUUAACUGCAUUAUUCAACAUUCCAUGGCAAAAGUCCUCCAAAAAGAAAUAUAUGUGAGCUUGAUCUCUAACGCAUAUGUAUUUUUUUUUUUUUUUAUUCUUUAUUUUGUUGUGCACAAGAUAACAGACAAGGUUAACAAUGCCAAAACAGCAUUGUCAAACACAUAAAAUCAGACAUAGUAGGACACUGGCAUGGCAUGUAUAUUAAGAGAACAUUUUGUGAAAAUAAAAUAUAAGUGAGACAAGGAUGAUGCUGUGUGUGCGACUAAGAGAGCAGUUAUAGCAAGUUAUUAAACAUUAUAAUAUAAUUAUGACAUCUCUGAUAUAGCUAUAGGGUUGAGAUGCACACAUCACAGAAAACACUCCACUGGGAUUUAACCUUCUACUUAUAACAAAGCGUCACAGGCCUCAAGUGUUGAAAAUAAACUAAAAAACAACAGGUCAAAAUUAAUCAAAAGUAUAGCUCAGGAUGGCAGUCACUGUUAUCAUGCAGUUAGUAAGUCUGCAACGAUAGGCUUUUAUGUUGCCAAAGUCCCCUUUCACCCAAUUCUAAAAGUUGACAUGCCAGUAGAAUAAUUAGGUGGAUAAACCUGGGCAGACUGGAGAGAUAGAUCCUGAGGACUCGCAGCCCUGGUGAGUGGGAGCAAGUGUGAUGUCCUGGUCUUCGGCUCUUAUGCCCACCGCUUGCGUCUGCACCUCAGUGAUUCACGCAUAUGUAUUUAAACAGGUAGGCAAAUCAGAGUCUCUCAAUCAGGUCCAAUAAAAUAUACAAACAUAUACAAAAAGGAAAGGGCAGCACCUUGAUGUAAUUCUUGAGGUAGAGGUGUUUCCAGAAGUAGUAGAAUAUGUGGAGACAGGAAAUAUAGCAAGAUAUAAUGACAAUUAAAAUAAGAAAAAAGGAUUUGCACUGACGGUUUGUAGAGCUAGGAUAGCUCUAUCUGGUUGCGCCUGGGCGGUAUAAUCCCCACCCAAGGAUAUGUGGUGUCUUCUUAUCUUAAAGUGCCAUAGUGCCAUAAUCUUCAGCUAGAUACAGAAGGUCAGUAUGAUAUCAUCCCUGCCUUAUGGGCUCACUGGAAGUAUUAAGCAAAUUAGGGUAUUGCUCACUACAGUGCUCAGGUGGUAUUUUCCCACCAAAGGAAUAUGUGGUCCCAAGCUUUUGGAGUAUUCCUCCUGAAAUGCUAGAGGCAAAUAGAAUAACCAUGCCUAAGCCAGUCAAACUCACUAACAAGUGCGAAGAUACCACCUAAUCUUGAUAUUAAAUGCAAGUACAAAAAUGUUGCCAAUGUUAUAGCCGAAAUCACCUAAAGCCACUGUUAUCCUCUUUGGUUUCAAAGGAACAAGUGAGUAUUGUCACUGGUUAUCAGGCGGGAGACACACCAGAUGCUUUUUAUGCCUUAUGGAGAUCUUGCAUAGAAAGGCGGCUUUGGGGCUAUUUGCUGGCACUCAACACUGAGAAGACCUUCAAUCACUUUCUCUGUAGCUACAUGACAACGGUCCUUUGCAAGUUUAGUUUCCCACCUAGUUUCCCAAGAGUGAUUCUCACACUAUACAUCACACCAUCAGCCAAAAUCCUCAAUACAGGUUUCCUUUCAAGAAAAUUAUUUGUAUACAAUGGUACAAGGCAAGGGUGUCCCUUGUCACCACUAACUUUUAUCCUCACACUAGAACCUUUGGUCAAGCACAAUUAGAUGAACAAAUCAAAGGCCUGUCUACCACACUAGGUUACCAUAAAAUAGCAAUUUUUGCUGAUGACAUGCUGCAUCUCUUAACAAAUCCUUUGCCACUUUUGAUGGAGUUAUUUAACACUUAUUGGACAGUAUAAGAACAAUAUCUCCAAAACACAAACACUACCACUAAAUAUGGUCACUUCAGUCAAACAAAUCCUCUCCGAGCAAUACUUGAUUUAUUGGAGAGAAAAAAUAUUUGCUUACUUGGGAAUACAGUUGGCAACCACGAAACACACUCUAAUUCAGGCCAACCACUCAAGAUUAAUUUCCAAACUACAACAUACAGUGCAUACGUGGGAGACAAAAAUGAUAUCAUGGCUAGGCUAGGUAAAUUCAUAGUUAAAUAAUGGUGCUCCCUCAAAUAUUAUUUCUGUUCGGGACUCUUGUCCGGCAUUGAUUGUUACUUGAAAAACAAAAGCCAUCCACCACUGUCUAUGGUGCUGGAGAAACUAAACAAAACCGAGCUUUAUAAAGAAAGGAUGCACAGGUUCACAAAUACAAAUCACAUUUUCACCCGGACCUGAGCUGGAUGGCAGUUGAUUAAUCUAACAGAUGGGGUGUAAUAUGCUACAAUUAUGCUACAAAUGAUUCUCUGCUUUAUAGACUUUUUCUACAAGCUAAUUGUCCUAUAAGCACUCAUCUCUACAAUGGGAUAAACUCUAUGGUCAGACCCUGGCUAAUGUAUAUUCUACUAAUAUGUGUUAUGCAAUACAUGUAUUUUGAUCUACUAUCUUAUAUUCCAACAAAUGUUAUGUAAAUAUUAUUAGUGGUUUCACCUCACAAUGCCAUUUAAAUCUCUAUGUAUGAAUAGCGAAUAUUUUUUUGUAAAUUAAAUUUAAAAAAGCAAAAAAAAAAAUAAAAAUAACAAAACAAAAAAAUAAAACAAUACAAUAAGAUAAUAAAAAAAAAAGCCAAAUUGAAAAAAACUCUUGUAAGUCAGCUUUGCAUUCAGUUCAGCUACUUUGGCCUUGAAUUUAAAUUUCACUUUGAAUUUACUUUGAAUUCUCACUACAGUAAAUAAUCACGUUAGAGAGGGAAUAAUGCAUAAUUAAGGAUGAAAUAGAGGGAGAUUUAAAGUUUAAUGAGAAGAAUAUGUGGCUGCUGGCAGGGCCAAUAUAUUAAUACUCAGGGAGGAUGUUAUUGUGUUAAACAGGUUAAUCACUUGUCAUGUUAUUUGCCUCCCUUGUGAUAUAAAGGAUUCUAAGAGUAACCGUAUUGCCCAGUGGCUGGAUAUUAAAACUAAGUCUGGAAUUGUUGACCUGAGCUUUAACCUGACCUCUGAGCCUCUCCUUGGCACCUACACUAUUAAUGUGGAUAAUGGGCAGACGCUGAAAACCUUUAUUGUCCAGGAAGAAGGUAGGCAUGUAUCCAUAUUUCAGAAAGGAUAGGAAAAUACUAUUAUUUUCCAUGUGUUUCUAUUCAGUAGCAGUAUAGGGAUCAUACUGUAUCUAAGAACAUUAAUUAAUUAAUGCAACAAUUCCAAUAAAAUAACUGUAAUAUACAUCAAAGAAACUGCACACUGCCUAUCAGUGUUGUUCCAUAGGUAUAAAAUAAGAUAUAAAAUACAAUACUGGCGCUGAACCAUGUAUUUAACAGGACAUUGGCUAAUUAUGGAGUUGUGGGCAUUUGGGACUAUUAGUGGAAGAACAAAUUAUGGGACACGAAAGGUUCACUGAGCACAAUGGGAAUAAAAUGAAUGUCAUAUUGUACAUGAAAGUCCUCUAAUAAGUGAAAGAUGAUUUGGAUGGUAAUGGUAUAGUAAUGGGGGUCAUGGACACUGACACCUUUAGUUGCUCAAAAAAGGGAACAGUAGAUGAUGUUCAUGUCCCUUGGAGCUCGUAAAGAAAGACAUGAACCGAUAUAAUAUAUAAUGUUCAUAUCUCAGUCGUUGCAGUUAAUCAUUUCUCUGUUUUCACAAAACUAGUCUUAUUUAUACAUUGUAACAAUCAUUGUCCUUGAUAUAGAUUCUCCGUAGACUCUCAGUUACCUUCUGUUCUUUCUCCUCUCUCCAUUUUCUCAUGCAGUGCUGCCACGGUUUGAAGUGAUAAUUGAAAACCCAAAUCAAAUUUAUAUGUUGGAUUGCUCAUUCCAGUUGAAAGUCUGUAGCAGGUAUCACUUAUGAUAAAAAUAAAUGGCUGUUUGAGCUUCCACUGAAAUGUACUUCAAAAAUAUUUGUAAUGUCAAUUCUGUUUAAAAUGUACGUCUGUCGUCAAUGUUCCCAGUACCCUGACUACAGACAUCUUUGGGGUCUCCAUUUCAGGCAGAUACUGCAAAGGGAAGCAUUUGUUGCCCAGCCUCCCUCUUUCAUUAAGUACAGACCUUCCUGCCUCCCUAUACCAUAAACUAUAGAGAUGAGGCAAGAUGAUCAUGGAUAAUCUACAGGGUAUACACAAUUCACAUUGGAUACUAUUUUUGCCAUGUAUACAGAAGGGACUAUAUAAUCAGUCUUUAUGCAUAAAGGAGAAAUCAGUCUAAUAGAAGUUUCAAUUCAUUGAUUCUGUUUUAGGAGAGAAUAUUACUUGUAUUUAAUUGUUUAAACCUUAGUUAUACUGUUUCUGUAUAGUAUUGUAUCAGUUGUCGUCAUUAUAGCUGAAACAGCAACCAGUGACAUGUAUGUACAGCUACAUAGUUUGUUUUCUUGGUCAGUUUUUAUUUGUCCUUUAUUAUUGACCAUGAGGUCCUACGGAUAAGUCAAUGUGUCUUUCUUAUAUGUUCAGAUAUACAUACGGAAAAGGAGUCAGUGGGUCUAUUAAAGUUCAUAUGUGUUACUCCACGUAUAGUCAACCAGAUAAUAUUUGUGCCACAGAUGAAGGUCAAGUAAGUAUUUCAUAACCAUGAGACAGUUAAUGCAUAUUAGUCUUAUCUACACAAAAUGUUUUGAAUUUAGUGAAUUCCUGGAACAAUUCCUUUCUGGUGUUCAGCUGAAAGAUUAUUUGAAUUUGUUGCAGGUUUAUAGUUGUCUAGUUUACAGAAAUUACCUUUAUUGAUUACCUUCAAUUAGGCCACAAUCACAACAGUCAUAAAGAAACCAUUAUAUAAAUGGGUUUAUUUACUAAUUUAAGAGGCAAAAUUUAGGCAAAAUGGCUAGCUAUAUCAGCUUAAAUUUGCAAUUUAGAUUUCCAUUUACUAAAUUAUAGAAAGUAUACAUAAAAAUAUACUUGUGCAUUCGUUUUUAACCUCAUUGUAAUUUGUCCAAAUUUAGCCUGAUUGUCAAGUUGUCUGGAUUCCAUAACUCUGAAGCUCCAUAUGAAUGUAAAACGGAACAAAUUACUCACACAAUGGUCAAGCAUGUUCAUGUAAUUCCUAAUUUAGAGUUUUGUCUCUCGCACCAAAAUUAAAUGAUUGAUGGUUGGGGACAGCCACUAAAUGUUGAUUUCAUUCACAGAUCAAGUGAGACGUGACCAAUAGAGAGGAAAUUAAGGAGGAUCAGUUAGAAAAAAAUCUAUAAUUUUAAUAUAUUUGAUAAAUAUAGAUUAUUUUUUUUUACUGGCCCUCCACCUAUCCUUGUAUUGUUUAUAUCAUCUCACUUGAUCUGUGAACCAAAUGGCAGUAACAUGUGUUUCUCGGUGUGCUGUUACAUAUAUACAUAAUAUUUAUACUAUGUAUAUAUUUUGUGUAACGGCACCCCCAGGCAUAAAAGGGGUUAAAAGCCAUUUAGUAGAUCUUCCCUUCCAUAGACACAGGCACAGCUACUGUAGACACCAAUACACCAAACCGGAGAAGCAUAUGAAUGCCGUAAACAGCUGAAUAGGAAAACACAUACGAAUAGGUUUACACUCCUAGCAGUCAAACUGGAACAGCAUACAAUAAAUCCCCCCAAGAAUGAGACAAAGCUCCGUGUUGAGGGUCAAGCAGUGAACAGUCAGAGCUGUGGGUUUAUUGUUCUUAUAUACACAUUAGUACCACCCACAGGGUUUUGGAACACAACCAAUAAACACAUACAAUACACUCAGACACUGCCACACAAAAUCCUCCCCAUUGCCUGUGAUUCAAUUACCUUACACAAUGGGUAAUGUAAUUAUAACAAGCAGAGAAAUAAAUUUUUUCCACAUUAUUCAUAACUUGCAUCACAUUCACAUAAAACUUACAUUUUCAGAAUCAGCAUAGUCCAAAUACAAACAUAUGUCAAAAUCAUCCAAAUUGGUCCAGUGGUUCAAAAGAUAGAUCAUAGUCCUUUGUGACCAAAGGAAGCAUGGCUUUUCUGCCCAAAACCAGUUCCACAGAGUCUUCUAUCCUGGAGAUAAUUAGGAAGUAAUCCAAUUAUCUUCCCGGACAGAGGCAAAACUCCAUUGAACACAUGGUAGCAAAAGACAAUAAAACACAUAAAAACAUAUAACUGUGCAGCCAUUGUACAAAACAGGUACAUUCAACAUAUCCCCAGAUAGCUCAGAUCUGAGUGCACAUUAUUACUGAAUGGCGCUCAGAGCACACACAUACAGUUCAAUUGCCAUGGAGCCAAAGUCUUUUCCAUAGUCUUUCAUUAUACGAAUGGGCUCCAUGGCAUAGCUAUCUGGGGUAUCACCGCUCAAACAGGGCACGCACCGAAAGACCCGGCUUUCAUGUCUUCGCAGGGGAAAAUCAAGCGUUUCAACAUGGGGCCAUAGUCUAAAGGCAGCAGGUGGGCAACCAGGCUUCUCCAAUGCAAUGUGGCGAGAUUGCUCUCGUCACAUUUUGCACUACACUAAUUGGACCAUUUUCAUGCCCUUUUGGUUUAUCCAAACAAUUUCUCUGAAUAUUUUGAGUGGACGAUAUUCGUAGAACCACACCGCCAAAUAGAUGACUAUUGGACUAUUGAUCUACAAAAAAUAUAUUUUUUUGGUCAAACCAAACUUUUACUCCAUAUAAAAGUCUGUGAAAAUUCAGACUUUAGUCAACAAACCCCAGUGUUGCUCUACAGAUAAACAGAAAGCGAUGAUACAACCCUUAUAGCUGGUAUUUCUGACUAUACAUCUUACUGAUAGACUGAUGGUGUGUGUAUCUCUCUUCCUAUUUAUUUUCUCUCUUUCUUUUUCCUUCCAACAGACAGACCUAAAUGGUUGCUUUUCCAAAAGAGUUGAAACGAAAUACUUAAACCUAUCUAACUUUCAGUAUUACUCUGUCUCCUCAAUGAAGAUAUUUGCAAUUGUUGAAGAGGCUGGAACAGGUGAGUGUGAAUAGUCCGAGUAGGUCUUCCUCAAUUUCUUACUAAAACCUUUAGCGGUUAUUUGUGAUUAAUACUUUCACAGUAAGGACAGAGAUCGCAAUUAAUAAUUGAAAUCACCUUUACUUACAGGGUGGUCAGAAAUGGGGACAAAUGUGGCCAUGGUGCCUGGAGUCUGUAUGUGCACUAUUUCACUGCAAAAUGCUGUGAAGCAUCAUUGGGACAUCCAGGCUGGCCAAUGUCAAUUUGUGCAUAUUUCUGUGCACAGAGUUGCAUUCAUUGCUCUCAGUCAAUAAAUGAGGGGCAGGUUUGGCACCUGGCUUCUUUAGCUCUGCAGAAGCCGGAUAUCAUAACCUGCUGAAGAGUACACCAGACACCUGACAAGACCAGGUAAUAGGGCAAACUAUUGUAAAACAUUGUAGCAUUAGGGUAAUCUUGGCAUUAUAACCAAUACAAAAGCCCAAAACAAUGCAUGUUAAUUUACUAAAUUUACAAAUUUUACUUAAUUUACUAAACAUCCUUUGGACAGAGAUGGCACUCUUUGGGUCUGAGUGUUGUGGGAGUUGUUCCCUUCCUUGUUUCCAUUGUUUCUGUACAGGGCACCUAGUUUUGGAUAAAGUUUAGAUGCAAGUUUUUUCUAUGUGGAGGGCAAAAGAUAGAUUUGAGUCUAACAACAUACCCAGGUAUUUGAAAGAGUGGACUGUGGUAAGUGUGCUAUUUGAUUUUGUUUUGAUGGAUAGGUGGGGAUUGUGAAAUUUGUGUAAUUUAGGUACUGUUCCAAAGAUCAUUAAUUAGCUUGGCAAUCAGGGUAGUGGAGCAUCCAACAAAAUAAUUGUUAAAGGCAUUUGCUAUAUCUAACGGAAGUUGUAGGGCUUGGUUAUCCACUUUCACAGUGGAGGGUUGGUAGUGUAUUGGGGGAGUUUGUAAUUUAUUUAUGACUUUCCAAAUUUUCUAGGGUUUGAUAUGUUAUUGUUCAGAUUUCCACAGAAAUAUUGGACCUUGGCCAUUUUUUUUGUUUUGUGCAUAUAUUUCACCAUUGUCAAUAUGCACAGUGAUUGUUCAUAGAGCCAGUACGCUUGAACUUUGACCACAAUGAAUCCCGAAACUGGUUCAUAUGAGUCUAUUAAUGAUUGUUUAUUUAUAAUAAAGAUAAUCUGCACUAGAUUGUGUUUUUUAUUUUUUUCAUAUUUUCUCUGACCAAUGGAUGUUAAGUAUAUCUUUAAAUGCAACACUUGUUUUUGGAUAAUUUUGUCACUGUAGGUGAUUGCAGCUUGCCCAUUUUGCACACACAAUUGAUUUGAUUUGGCUUAACAUAUUUUUUAAGCCCAAUCCACUUUUGGGUUGUUAAAACCAAUACUGCUGACAAUCUUCAAAACCCUAUUUCCAGGUGCAAUAAAUGACCUUUUUGGUUAUGGACCUAGGUGCCAAAAUGCAAUGGACAUGGCUGUAAUACUGACAGGAUAACCAGCUUUAUGGUUUAUUCACUAGACCAGGAAUUGUGGGAUAGCGAGUUGAAAAUUGUAUACCAAUUUAACUUUAAUAAUAAAAAUGACUUAGUUGGAUAAUUAGCAAUUUUGGUCUAAAUUAGCUUUAUCCUUGUCAGUUUCUCAACACUUCAUUUCUGAUUUAGUGAAUAACACCUAUGAGUUUUAUUGAACCUAAUUCAAGCACUGUUUUUAGAUCAUUAUGAGAACUGGUGGAGUUCCUGUUCCCUGUUGCCAUAAUACAGACCAGGACCGCCGGGCUCAUUACAAGCCGGACGGUCCUGUUGGGGGCUGGCAGAGAGCUGUAACUUAACUUCCUGCAGCUCCUGUCAGCUCCCUUCUCUCUCCUCCGGGAAGCUCCUCUGUCAGCUCCCCUGCAAGUCUCGCGAGAGCCGCGGGGUCAGAGCAUUGCCACGGGUUACCGUGGCAACGCUCCGCGCGGCACUCACACUGCGAGUCUUGCAGGGGAGCUGACAGAGAAGCUUACCGGAGGAAAGAGAAGGGAGCUGACAGGAGCUGCAGGAAAAGGUAAGUGUAUGGGGGGCAGUGUAUGUGUAGGGUGUGUGUAUGGGGGGCUUUUUUAUAAUAUGCUUUUUUUUAAAUGUAUUUAAUUAAAAUUAAUAUACUUUAUGUCCCCCCCUCCCUUCUUACCUUUACUGGGAGGAGGGGGGACAUUUCUCCAUCCCUGGUGGUCCAGUGGGGAAUCCCUGGUGGUCCCAGUGGUAGGAGUGAACUCUAGCCCGCAGUGUAUGUGUAUGGGGGUCAGUGUGUGUAUGGGGCAGUGUGUGUGUGUAUGGGGGGCAGUGUAUGGGGCAGUGUGUGUGUGUGUAUGGGGGGUGUAUGUGUGUAUGGAGGGCAGUGUGUGUAUGGGGCAAUGUGUGUAUGGGGCAUUGUGUGUAUGGGGGGCAAAGUGUGUAUGGGGUGGUGUGUGUAUGGGGCAGUGUAUGUGUAUGGGGGCAGUGUAUAUGUAUGGGGGCAGUGUGUGUAUGGGGCAGUGUAUGUGUAUGGGGGGCAGUGUGUGUGUAGGGUGUGUGUGAUAAGGCUGGGGGGGGCUUUUUCAUAAUAUGCUUUUUUUUAAAUGUAUUUACAUUUUACUGCAUUCGUACACACACACUGCAUUCAUACACACACACACACUGCAUUCAUUAUAUACACACACUGUAAAUAAAUAUUCAUUUAAUAUAAUUUUUGGGGGAUAUAAUUUUAUUUAGAACGUCACCAAUAGCUGCUGCAUUUCCCACCCUAGUCUUAUACUCGAGUCAAUAAGUUUUCCCAGUUUUUUGGGGUAAAAUUAGGGGUCUCGUCUUAUAUUCGUUGUGACUUAUACUCGAGUAUAUACGGUAUCUUAAUGUCUCAGGGAAAACAUUUGUUUUGUCUACAAUCUAAACUUAGCAGAACUUUGCAGAGAUCCUUACAGAAGCACACAAAAAGUGUAUUUCAGAAUUCCUUUCAAAUAAUGUCAGUUUUAAUGUUAAAACUGAGAUUACAAUAAAUCCAAUAACGUUUUAAAAGCAAGUCAUGAGGGCACAAUCAGAGCAGCAAUUAGUGUAUAAAGAAUUUGCCUUAAUUUGGCAAACAUACAAGGCCAUAACUAAAGGGUACAUAUGUCAUGGAAAUUUUCCUGACUAAGUUCAAGAUGGCAUCUUAAAGUCUGGACAUCCUUAUCUACUUAAGGUUACUGCAGUAUAUUGUGUACUGCAAGAGUCGUAGCAUAGCCUUGAAGCUUGUUUAUGCAUUAUUGUUAUUGUAAUUCGUCUGGGACAAAUUGGCACAAACAUAUUAUGCACUGAGGUUAUUGCUUAAAGAAACAGUUAUGAAAAACAAUAUGUUCCAUUUCUAACACCUUGUCAGUUUGCAAUAUCGCUUAAAGACAAAGUACACAGUUUAAGAAAUACAACAUUUCAUUCUAAAACUUGUAAUAUUUACAUUUUCCGAUAACAAAAGGACCCAUAUAAUUAGAAAGAGGUCAUUUUAAAUAUUGGACACGUAACAGUUAUUGUGUAACAAUAGGAUCUUUCUGUUCCAGGGGUGAAGAUCUCAUCAGAUAAACAAAUUCCUUUGUCUUUCAAUGACGGAACAUUAAAGUUUCAAGAAAUGGAUACAUAUUACAAAGUAGGACAUCCAUAUCGAAUAAUGGUAAGAGAAGGGUUCCUGUGGCAUUCAAGGUCUCUGGGAUUGGGUAGCUGUGGUAUGCCUAAUGGGGAAGACAUUGAUGGUGUUGUGUUGGUGAUACCCAGAUGUGAUGAUCAACGAGGAUACAAAAUAAGCUAAAACUUAGGCCUGUGUAGUUUACUUUGCUGUCGCAUUACCAUGAAUUAACUAAAACUGGCUGAUACGUGGUGAAAUGUUUAAUAAUCUUACCAUGUGAAAUUUGUGUAAAUUGUAAUUGUUCAACAUAGGGUUACUUACUAAAGUAAAAAUUCAAACUAAAUUCAAGGCCAGCCUAGCUGAGCUGAAAGCAUAGCUGCAUUUUUCCAGCUUGACUAUUUUUAACUUAGGUUUGAAAUUCACUUUUUAUUAUUUUAAUAAAUAACUCUAUACAGUGUGAGGCCAAGUCACAAUGACAAGGUGUUGUUAGCACAGAUAUUGAUGCAGUGUACUCUGGACAGAUUACUAUGAAGGGUCAUGGUAGUUUCACAUAUUUUGUAUAAAUUACAGUGCCAGGACAGGGUGAUACAGGGCUGGAUUAACAUAGGGGCUGAUGGAGCUGCAGCUCCAGGACCAGGCCCAGGCCCAGGCCCAUGGAAUAGGCCCAUUUAAAAAAAUGGCCCUUUUUUUUUUUUUUUUUUACACACUACUCUUGGGUUUGCCACCUGAUUGGUAUUUUACCUGCACAGCCAGUAUUUGAGAUUGCCCGGCCGUACCGGUAUUGCAGUAAUACCGGCAAUACAAAUGCAGAUAUUUUUCUAAGUAUACACUGAGAUUACUCUGCAAUACCAGCACCAGCCAGUAAGGGUUUCUGUGUGUGGAGAGAGCCAGGGAUAGGAAGUUUCAGCAUAUCCCUCCCUGCCUCUCUCUACUCACUGAUCCGCGGGGGAGCAGCUACACAGCACAGAGAAUUCAGACAGCAGCUCCCAGCCUGCAGAGACAGACUACAGCUCAGUAAAGUGAAGGAUGGAGAGAAAGGCAGACAUAGGGACAUUGGGAGACACAUUGGGACAUGGAGACACUAGGGACACAGUGUCUCCAUGUCUCCCAGUGUCCCUAUGUCUCCCAGCCAGUGUCUCAGUGUCCCCUAGUCUCCCAGUGUCUGUGUCCCCAUGUCUCUCAGUGUCUCCAUGUCUCCCAGUGUCCCCAAAUGUCUGUGUCCCCAUGUCUCACAGUGUCCACAUGUCUCCUAGCCAGUGUCCCUAGUUUCUCAGUGUCACCAUGUCUCUCAGUGUCCCUGGUGUCCCCAUGUCUCCCAGUGUCCCCAAAUUUGUCAUGUUCCCAUGUCUCACAGUUUCCCCAUGUCUAUGUCCACAAGUGUCCCCAUGUCUCCCAGCCAGUGUCCCUAGUGUUUCAGUGUCCCCAUGUCUCUCAGUGUCCCCUAGUCUCCCAGUGUCUGUGUUCCCACGUCUCAGUGUCCCUAGUGUCUUAGUGUCCCAAAUGUUUCAGUGUCCCCAUGUCUCCCAGUGUCUGUGUCCCCAUAUCUCUGUGUCCCUAGUGUCUAUGUCCCCAUUUCUCUCAGUGUCCCCAUGUCUCCCAGUGUCUCCAUGUCACCCAGUGUCCCCAUGUCUGUAUCCACAAGUGCCCCCAUGUCUCCCAGUGUCCCCAGGUGUCUUGGACAGGUGAAGAGUCAGCGUGAUGCUGUGUAGUGUCAGCAUGAUGCUGUGUAGGGUCAGUGUGAUGCUGUGUAGUGUCAGCAUGAUGCUGUGUAGGGUCAGUGUAAUGCUGUGUAGUGUCAGCAUGAUGCUGUGUAGGGUCAGUGUGAUGCCAUGUCUUCUGAACAGAUGCAUUGUAGAAAAUGGUGCAUGACUUGGACAAAUAAUGGUGCAUUGUUCAUAUUAUACUUCGGAUCCUGUACUGAUAAUGUUACAGUAUUCAGAUUAUACUAUGUGUUCUGUAAAGAUAAUGUUGCUGUAUCAGGAUGACACUGUGUCAAGGAGGAUGUUAUGUUUUUUUAUAAAACAGAGCAGGAUCUGAGUAACACUGUGGGUUUUCUGCAUAUAUUUAUUUUGAGCGGUUACUGCAAUAAAUACAAACUUUACCAAUGAGAGAACUAACUGAAAUUGCAUUGCUUGGGAAAUAUUCCCACACGAUGCAAUAGCUGAUAUAGUGUGCAAAAACCUUUAUAAGGUCUUUCUCCCCUAAGAGACUUCAGUCUGCGGCAAGCCCUUGUGGUGUGAAGAUUAAUAUUUUUUUUUUGCUCCAGGUUUUUUUUUUUUUUUUGCAGUCUGGUCCUUUUUUAAUUUUAAUAGUUGUCACAGAACUUUAUGGAUUUUUAUUUGGUCUUUUUGGGGCUGAAGAAAUGAAUAUGGAAGGAAAAAGAAGACUUUUAUGGUAAAUAUGACAUUUUUAUUUUACAGGAAUUUUGUUUAUUGCCACCCUCAUUAUUAUUAGGGUGAGAGAGGUAGAUAGUGUAUUUUCAUUGGGGGAGGUGAUUAGAGGUUUGGGAACCAUGAGGAACUGGGAGAAAAAAAAAAAAAUUAUAUAUAUAUAUAUAUUAUUAAUAGCCCCCACCUGCUGUCAAUGGGUGGGUGGCUGGUGUUACUAUAGGUCCCUCCCUUGUUUAUUAUUUAAAAUUACCACCAAUGUGCGUGUACUGGGGAGACAUUAGAUUCCACCUCACCAUUUAUUAUUUAGAGCCCCCAACCCAACGCCAAUAGGUUGGGGAAAAAUAUGUCCCCCUUUGGGAUAUUGUAUUAGAGCCCUCACCUUCCACUCAGGGAUGCGGGCUGGGGGACUAGGAACCCCUGGUUUAUUUUAUUUAAUAGCUCCCGCGUGCUAGUCAUGGAUUGUGGCAUGGGGAACACUAUGUCCCUCCUUGCUUUAUCAUUUUAUUAAAUGCCUUCAAAAUGACCAUGUCCUUUAUUGGACUAGUGACAGGGCAGCAAUUGUCACAAGCUGCCUGCUGUUUAAUAGACCUGCCCCCACCUACAGCGUGGCUGGUAGGGGCAUGAUGAAGGACUUAAACCUUCAAUAUACUAAUAUGGGGGUUAUAUUGACCACCAUAUACUUGCCGUAUUUAAUCCCCCUCACUUGCAGAAUUGGAUGAGGGAGACAUGAAGGGAUUUAGGAAGUGGCUCCCCUUUGCUUCCAUUUUUAAAAUAAUCAGUUUACAAGGAGGAAGCUGGUCACUCCCUCCUUGUAAUUAAACAAAUCAUUCUUUGUUUAAAUCAUUGUAGUAUGCAUUCGUCCAUCCAUUGUCUUUCUGAAAAAUGAAUGAAUUGCCAAGAAUUCAGAUGAAAAGUUAUUUGUGCCGAUACCAAAUGCACAAGUCUAGUUGGGAAAAGUAAGGUGUAAUGUUCUUUACACUUGGUGCACAUAUUGGUUGUGGCUUAUGGUCUUUGUCAGCCUGUUCUGUUACUUAAGAUCUUGGUGAAACAGGUAAUUUUUUUUAUUUUUGAUAAUUUGAUAGAUGAAGAUAGGUCACAAUCAUGCUGUGUGUUUUUGGUUUAGUUGGUGAUGCAGAAGUGGGAUGGAAGUCCACUCCAGUUUUUAAGAGCCUCUCUCCAAAUCGUCUUUGACACCCAGACAGAUACCAUGGAAGAUCAAGCCAAUAACAUGGGCCAAAUUGUUUUCAUCCUGGAUACCUCCAAAUGGACUGGAUCUGUCUACCUGACCGUGAGCUUUUUAGUCUUUCACCCAUGUAAUCUUCACAGGCACAAAAUCACACAUUAAUCCCCAUUUCUAGCUAUUAUAUUUACUGCAUUUGAACAUUUUACCUACUUUAGGAGCACUUUUUUACAUGUUUUCUUUAACUGGAAUACUGUCAAACAAGUAUCCACCACUCAUUAAGAUGGAGUACGGUACUAAAUUUUGUUAUUCCACAGUCCACUCGGUUAAGUUUCAGGUUAAACAAGAGUGAUUUCUUACAUCUAAAGCUUUUAUAAAACAAGUAAAUAAAGGGUAAUGGGUUAUAUUAUAUUGUCUUUCUGCCUGUUCUAAAAUAAAACUGUGUACUAAUAACAAUGAAUAAAGUGCAAUUAUAAAGAGCUGCCAAGCUGACUGGAUUGGCUCUUUCAAUUCAAUAUAAAGUGCAAAUGGAUUAAAAAAGUGUCUCUCUUGCAAAUUUCCUGCAAAAUACACAUAAAUGUAAAAUACUAUUAAUAUAAAUCACCUAACAUGUCAGUGCAUCAAGACAGGUAUUUGAUUACCCUAAGGUUUAGUAUAUUCACACAUGAAACAAAGAGAGAGAGAGAGAUACAUGCAAAUGUAGUGCAGUAAUAUAACAAGUAUGGUUUGCGCGACAUCGAUGUAACCUUACAGCCAUGGAGAGUGGAGUGGAAUGCGCAUGCAUGAACAAUCAUUACUUCACUAUACUAGUCAGUGGAGUGUGAGAUGCUGUUGAUAUAUCAUGUGUACUGUGUGGCCAUCGCAUUCAAAAUGACUGAGCGAGUAGAGCAGCGAAUCUGCAUCAAAUUUUGUGUUAAGCUUGAACAUUCCUUUGCAGAAACUGUUCACAUGAUUCAGAAGCUUUUGGGGAUGGUGCAAUGAGUGCAGUGUAUAUAAAAGUGUGGCACAAAUUCUUCAAAGGAGGUCGAGAAUCUGUUGCGAGAUUUGGUGCCCUUCGACUUCUUGCUUUUCCGAAAACUAAAAUCACCUUUGAAAAGGAAGAGAUUUCAGAUUGUCGAUGAGAUUCAGGUAAGUAGUACAACAAGGCAGCUGAUGGUGAUUCCAACAAAGGAUUUUGCAAAAUGCCCUGAACAGUGGAAGAGAUGCUGAAAGAACUGUGUGAGUGCCUAGUUCGAAUUGAACUGAGGCAUUAUUGUCCAAUUUGUAACGAGUUGAAAAUUUGUACAAUAUUUCUUGUGUCUUGUAUAUAUCUAUUUUUCAUAUUACCUGGCUGGAUACUUUUUUGACAGACCUCGUAUAAUAACAAAUAAUAAAAAACAAUGUACAUACAAAAGAACAAACACACACAAAAAAAGCAUCAAGUGUGCUAAUUGUGCUUUGUCCCAAGGACCACUUAUUUCUGAACUGUGCUUGGAUCUUCUCCCUGUUCAAGAAGUCCUUUGCAUGCAAGAAGACCUUUAUAUGCAAAAGAUCUGGUUCCUAGCUUAUUUAACUUCUUCAAUAGCUUGUGUCUUCUUAUGGGACAGUUUUCUGUCUUAUACUGCUCUCCAUUAGUAGUGAUGAGUUCCUCCUAUUCAAUGAUGUUAUGGUGCCCUGCACCGUACAGAUCUAGGCAUAAUAAUGUCACAAUAUGAAAGCUGUCACUGCACUCAGCAUCAGACAUACACAAGCACAGAAGCGUAAUCUUCAUAUCCACAGUAGCUUGACCUUCUUCCACCCACCUGAUUGAGGAAUUCAGAAUUAACUAACUUUAUUGUGAUAGUAGAACAACAGUUACAUAGAAGCUGGUUUCCCAACGUAUGCUAAACUAUGCCUAAUGCGAUGUGUGUAUUGGGAGCACUAGUGGUAUGCAAAUGUAUCCUCUACAUAAAAAACACACAUAUACAGCUCUUCAUAUACCACAAGACCAAUAAGAUAAAUAUCAUGCAAAUUCAUAAAAAAACAAUACUUUAAUAAUCUUUAUUGCAUUUUAUAAACCAGCAAAUAUCACUACAAACACUCUUCUAAUUGUACCGAUUGUAUGCUAUAAACUUUUACAAAACUUUUGGUAAAUGCUAUCUUUAAUAGCAUUUAUACCAUAAUAUUUCCACUUUGAAUUUAACAGAAACAAAUAUAUCACUUAUAUAUAUAUAUAUAUACACAUUCAUUAACAAUAAAUUAUAUAAACUGAAAAUAAAUAUAAAAAUUAGAUAAAUGUAUAAAAUAUAAAUAAAUAAAAAUAAAAAAUAAAAACAAAAAAUUUAAAUUAAAUAAACAAAGCUGUGAUAAAAAAUAAGAAGGUUAAAUUUACUCAGUUCAUCAAAAACAGAGGAUGAAAGACAUUAUUUAAAUACCUAACUGUAGCGUAAUGCUGUAGCGAUACUUACCUGCUUUGUGCCGAGCAGCACCCCUCUAGAUGCAUGGCUUGAAACCUGUGGAGAGAAAUAUACUUACUCAUUCGGCACCUGCGAAUUGCUCCUUUUCAUUCACCAGUGCCAGGCCGCCGAUCUGUGCACACAGAAGCUUGGAUACUGCUCACUCCAAGGACGCAUCCUUAAUUAAAUUUAAAAUUCACACCCGCCGUUAAAGGGAUCAAGACUAAUCGGAACACAUGUGAACCUAUUUAAAGCCUGUUUAGUCCCUUGCUCAUUGCCCUAUAGUGGUUUCUGUUUGGUUUAAUGUUUAGUGCUUCAAGCCACUCUCUUGUAUAUUCCUGUUAUUGACUUUGGCUUCAUUUUGACUUUUAGAACUUCUGGUAUCCUGACUUGACUUGUAUAUUGACCUUUGUAUUUCUAUAUUUCUGACCCGGCUUCUUUCUCGUGUAUCAGUAUUUCUGUAUUCCUGACCUUGGCUUGUUCUGACUUUGAUUCUAUCUUUUAAUACGUUAAGUCCGGCCAUUCUGAGGCUCGGUAAUACAGCUUUUUGGUCCCUCAUUUUGUGCAUUUCCUCUUUUCUGUGUGUUAGGGAAGCAACAUCGGUCACAAAUACCUAAUACAUAUAAAGAAAUAAAUACAUUUAUAAAUCAGUAAUCCACUAAAUUAAUUAAAGGGACACUCAUUGAAAUGGUCUGAGUGCACAUUCCCAGGUCCCUUAACCCUGCAAAGGUAAUUUUAGCAGCUUUUAAUAAACUACAAUAAUUACCUAUCUGGGUUAACUCCACCUCUAGUGGCUGUCUACCAGACAGCUACUAGAGGGAAUUCCGGGUCAUUAUUUAAACAAUUAAGACCCAGCAUUUUUUUUAUUAAAAAUACAUUCAGUUUCUUAUCUUGUAAGUGCCAAGGUGAAAUCACAUUCCCGGUAAUAUGGUUCCAAUACAUAAACACAUAUUAAAAUCAAAUACUGGACAAUUUUGACAUUAAACUUUUCUUCCUAUUUCCAUAGAAGUGCACAAAUAAUCUAUCCUAAAGGGUAGUCUUCACUUCUCAUUGCAUUCCACAUUUUUCACUUUUAUUAGUAUUAUGCACAAUAUUUGUGCCAGAGACACUUUUAUUAAUCUUUCUGUCUCUUCUCUUGCUCUUUGUCUAGUCAGACUAUUCUCUCUUUACCUUGUUUAUGAUCACCUUGUUUUCCUAGGGCUACUAUAAAACACUGUAUAAUACAAACAGAAACCCCAUGGAUCCUUAUUAUAAUCCAGUCUCUCAUACGGUGCACCCAUAUUACAGUGAGGCACAGAGUUUCCUAAAGAUGAAUCCUAUAUUUAGCGCCAUUACAUGUGGGAAACAAGUAAAUAUCAACGUAACAUAUGAACUCAGCCCAAUGGAUCUCAGGCAAGACUCCAAAAGUGUUCCAUUCACCUAUAUUGUAAGUGUGAGCAUAACUCCUAUUCUAAUGAUUUGCAAUGUUCUUUUUAUAUGUGGUAGAGAUGGAUUGGGUAAUGGUUAGUAAUUGAUUAGGUAAGAGUUAAUGGUGAAUACUGGCCAAUUUGUGGAAAAAAAAGGUAAAGUAUGGAAACCUGUCACAUUGGCUUUGAUGUGAUCACCCAAUAUAUAGAAUUAAUCUGUGGGAUUACACCAGGGGCAUACAUUUUGACAUUUCAAAUGGACUAAGAGGGACACUUUAAUUUUAAGGGUGUGAGUGGAGGUGUGGUCAGGGAUGGGUCAGUUCUGAAAAAUUUAAGGUGACUUGCUAAUAACAGUGGAUGUAACUAAGGUGCAAUUUAGAACAUAGAUAAUGUAUCUUAUUACAUGGGCUGAUUUCAAAACACAUUUAUUGUAGCAUAAAGGCACAUUACAGUAAGUAUUAUGGCUGUGGAGCUCUUUUAUACACUCAGACACACCAACAUAUUGAGCUCCUAGAAAAGAGGGACAUUAGGACAGAAAACAGAUUACAAUGGAUUUGGGCCCAAAACAGAGUCUGCACCUCCUAAACCGGGAAACUUGGGAGGCACACAGGGGCAGUCAGUAUAUAGAUUGCAAUGUGUGUCAUUAUGUCAAGGUCAGAUACAAUAUAGUUCGCAAUGUGAGGGGUUCUAGUAAUGGCAGGCAUUGUGCAGAAUUACAUCAUAGACAGUCAUUAUACAGAAUAUAAUUUGUGGGAUUAUAUAUUUGAAAAUUUUUGUUUUCUUGCAGAUUAUUGGAAGAACUGGGAUUUUGGUAUCUGGGCAAAGAUUGAUAAUUCUUACCAAGGCAAAUCGUGAGUGUAAUUCUCAUAAACCAUGAAUAUGUAUAGUUCCUAGAAUACAGGGGGCUCUUAUAGAAUAGAUAUAGCGACAUUUGUUGCUCAUUGGUGAUUGCUCCACUGUAACAUUAUGCUAUUAUUUAUAUAACACGAAGUAGUGUUUCCAUCAAGGCGUGCAUGAUACAUCCAGUGCUAAUCUCUUUUCUUCAUCUAGCUGUGAGAGGCACCUUCUAUCUACCUAUCACAUUCACAUCUGAUUUUGGUCCAGCACCAAACAUAAUUGGUUAUAUUCUUCUAAAUAAGGGGACAAUGACCGCAGACAGACUGCAUUUUACAACAGAGAGAUGCUUUCCGAACAAGGUGAGUGGGAGACAUAGAGAUAGACACACUGCCUGAAGUAAAAUAAAAAGAAACGGUUACAUGCGCACUAUCCUAAAUUCCUGUGAACAUUUAAUCUGUAGUUUUUUAGUACUAUUCCAAUGGCCCUUAAAGUGUAAGCUCACCCACCACAUCAGGGCAACCUUCCUAGGUGAGCCCUACAGUAAUAAUUCACCUUGCUUCUUUGAGACAGAGAAGGGUAUUUUGACAACUACAAUAGUCCUUGGGAGUGAAGGAGAUGCCACUUCCACCAUGUUUUCCAUGGCACAUAUUACUGAUACUAAUUGUCAAUGUAUGGAAAAUGCUGAUAUGUAGUAUAAAGAAAAAAAAAUGCUUCAGGUAGUAAAUCAGGCUGUACUCCGGCUGGGUACCUCCAACAAGGUUCACUUCCUAGCUGGAACCAGGGAAACCUCAGCGAUUCUGCCCCGGUGGCUUGACUGAGGUCCUCCUGGAGCCUCUCCAUCCUGGAACAUGGUAGGGGACUAGCUUUAUUUCCUCCCAGGCACUGGACGACACACAGUCCUGGGAGCUAUAGUCCUUACAAGGACUUUCCCAGCUAAAUCCUCCACGAGCUGGAACAGGAUGCUGAGCAGUGAGUAUAGCCCUUUCCCCUCCAACAACUGGACAACACACAGUUCUGAGAGUACAACUGAUUUCAAUGAGCCAAACUUGGCCUUUUAUGCACAGAGCACAGCAGGAGGUCUAAAUACAACACAGAUAAUUGAGUUAAGGACCGGUAAAUUAAUUAUCUCCCAGGUAGAGAUAGCCAAACAUAAAAACAUAAAAGUACACCAAAACAUAAUAAAACCAUACAGUAACCCCACAUGUCCCAUAUCCCCAAACAGACCUGAUCUGAGUGCCCGAGUUGUCCAAAUAGUGCUCAGAUCCAUAGAGUGUAGGGGAAUCGCCACUGGGGCAAAGUUCUGACUGGCUGCACAUGUGGUCUUAUGCCCAAAAUAGUUCCAGAGAGAUGUGUGCUUUGGCCGGUCAACUUUUGGGAGCCUCUGCGACUGAAAUAGAGGGUGCUCCAGCUGGCUCUCGGGGAGCAUUUGUUCCUCUUAGUCUCAGGCACCUUUUCGUUACAAAAAGCACUCUCCUGGUGGGUCGUCAAGUUGGUUAAACUACUGAAACAAAAAGUCCUCAUGCCGAAAAUAGUUCCAUAGCGGUCGCGGCUAAGUACCGCUGAGGACCAUUCGUGAGUUUGUUUGAGCGAACAGCCACCAGGGAGCGAGCUUUGGUUCAAUUAAUUAGAGGGAAAGUGCUGAACCAGGGGCACAGAGGGAAAGCCGCUGGGCCAGCCGGGCACGUUAACUUCCAAAUGAGGUCUCAGGACCCGGACCAUAGUCGGUGGGAGGAGGUUGUGGCAAAUGAAUAUGGAAAUGAGCGUUUGUCACAGUGGCAAUAGAAUUAAAGAACCAAACUAUAAAAAGGUUGUUAAGGCUCAGGUACUUGCCUUGUUUUGGUUCUUUUUUUGUUACCCCAAAGCACUUUAUAUUCUCUGUGUAUUUCUGGUUUUUGAUCUUGACUAUACAGACUAUUCUCCUUUCUAUAAUCCUUGUACCUCUUUAUCCCUGAUUUCUUCUUUCACUGAUUCUGGCUUGUCCCUGACCAUUCUCUGUCUCUUUAAUGUAAAGCCUGGCUACUCUAAGGUCUGGUUUACAUUUAUUCUUGGUUGUCUAUUACACACUGUGUACUGGGUCUCUCAGUAUUCCUGACAGAUAUCUGCAGAUCUCACAUUUCAUACAAUAAACACUGCUUUAAGAUCAGUAAUUGUACACUAAUUUUGCUCUGAGUUAGUGGCCAAAUGCUGAGCUCCGAUUAGAGCUUACUCAGAUACUUAGCCGUGAAUCCAGACAACACAUGAAACGCCAACAUCUGUUCUUAGCUCAUUUCUCAUACACAUAUCUCUGCUCUUUGAUUAUUUCUCAUACACUAAUGUCUGCUCUGAGCUAAUAUCCCAUAUAGUGAGCUCUACUAUGAACCAUAUUUUACACUAUUCACUGCUUUUAGUUUGCAUCUCAUACACUAAUCGCUGCUCUGAUCUUACCUCUCAUACAUUAUACUGUGCAGUUUAAAUAAAGUAGAUUAAAUCUGUGUAAUUUUCUUUGUUAAAGGUGAAUCUGACAUUUCCAGUGAGAGAAGCCGCCCCCAAAUCUUUGCUUAAUUUACAUAUGGAAGCAUCGGCUAACUCAGUAUGUGGUCUACGAGUUGUGGACAAAAGUGCUCAAAUUUCUUACACUGAUCAGGAACUGACAUUGGACAAGGUGAGAAAACUAUAAUAUUUUAUGUGCCUACAGGAAAUACCUAUCUAUCAUUAUCCCCAUCGGUUAUUGAUAUAAAUCAACUGGCACUUAUUUCAUUAACAGAUAUUGUUUUUCAGUAUCCUUGCUAUAAUUUUUUAUUGUUUUCCUAGCUGUCAUUGUGUACUUAGAUAUUGUUAUUAAUAUUAAUUUUCCAUAUUUAAUUUAGGUAUUCGUUAUUAUAUCUAUAUCUAUUUAUCUCAUAUUAUUCUUAAAGAUCACCUGUCAUAUUAUUCCUAGGUAUUUAUUGUGUUGUUCCCAGUUCUUGUUCGAUAUGUCAUCAUGCAGUAUUGUUUAUCACCUCUUUUCCCAACUGUCAUAUAUGUCAAAUAUAUUAAAGGUCAUUAUAGCCCCAAUAUUCAUUAUAUCAUGUUUUAGUUUUCGUAAAAAUUCCUUCUUUUAAAUUGCUCCCAGUAAUUUUAAUAUUAUGCCCAAGAAAAUUAUACAAUACUAUAUGAAUUGCUAAAUUCACAAGGAAUACACAAAUGUAACCUGCAAUUGCAAUAUUUUUUUUAAACUGAUACAGGUGCGCAUACGAAAAAAAAAAUGAGACAAAACUGUCUUUUGGAGAUUCUUCGCACCACGUUUCCUAAGGGAGUGCAGACUUGCCAUUUUGGCUGUCUGAUUUUAAGGGUGUGUGGGUGACUGGCAGAUGGCUAUGUCCAUUACACAACCAUUGUAAUGGACAAGAUCCCCGUCCACAAAGAGUGGUACGUCAUUCCGUCAUGCAUGUGCAACAGGAUAUAGUCUACCCAGAUGGGCAGCCAAUCAAGGCUACACUGAGUUCUGCAUUUUUGCUUCAUUAUGGGUUAAAAUGCCCUGAGUUUAUGUAAGUGCACCACAAGCAUGGUUCAAGAGGUGUUUGCUGUGUAGUUUUAUUCAAUUCUCUUGACACCAGGUGACACUGCUGGGCUGUUAGGUGAUUAGGAGGACUGAGUGAAGAUCAAUUGACACACAGUAUAUGGGAAUGUGUCCUUCUUUGUGGUACCCAGCACCCCAUACUAAUCGCCACCCAGAUUUUCAAUCAAGCCCGUAGUGAUGGACUAUGCCUCACCUUGAUAUGAUAUGUAGAGAGAGAAUAAUACAUCCACUUGUAUUUUAAGCUGUGAUCUUGCAGAUCUUCUGUGUCAUGGAAGCACACUGGUCAAAGCAUACUUGUGACUGGGCUUUUGGGAUGAAAGGGUUACAAUUUAUUAUUUAUUUGCAUUAGACCAGAAAUAAUGAUAAGAAAAUGCACUUAACACCAAUACAAUUUAUAAAUGGGGUACUUAUGUCCCCCAGCAAAUUAGAUUAGGAAACCACAAAACACAAUUUAGCACAAUAUCUAUGCAAUUGAAAAUACUAAUACAUCAGUCUAUUCAGGCAAUGUGAAUCCAGAGACCAAAGACAGUAUGAGGUUAUUAAUAUUUUAAUAACAAAAAGACAAAAAUAAAGAUUACACAGCGCCACAAAUUACAUAAAACAAAAGGACAUACAAAAACAAAAAUAAACAGAUGCAAAAAACUGUUCUGAAAAGAAAAUGGGACUUAAACAAAACACAGAACAAACACACAGUCAAGCAAAUAUCAUAUAUGGAUUUAGUAGAUAUCUUCCAAAAGUAAUAUAUUUAAAUAUGGCAAUCCCAUGUAAGCAAAUAAGAAAGUUAUCUACUAAACAAACAAAAGCUCAACAUUUAAAAAAGGCUUUUCCUAAUUUAGAUUUUUCAACUGUUUAGUAAUAAUUUCCUCAAUUGUUACCCGUAUGUGGGAUACCAAAGUAGGCCCUAUAUAGGUCCCUUAUUUGAUACCCCAAGAGGAAAAAACUCACAGGCACUCCAACUUCAAGCCGCAGGCAGAUUUAUUAUGACAGAAUGCAACGCAACGUUUCGACCGGAAAGGUCUUUUUAUUUGAUACCCCACAUAAAGCUAACAAAGAGGGUCGUUAACUAUUAAACAGUUGAAAGAUCAAAAUUAAAAGGAAUAAUUGGACAGUCCAGAACACAAAUUCCAAGUGGUUAAUAUAAAUUAUGUGCAAAUUCGGUGAUCAACAGGAAGGGGUGCCUAUUUUUAUUCACCACUGAUGUGUGAAACACAGUGGUCAUGGUCAUUAUCCUGUGUAUUAUUUUUUGGAAUAACUGCAGAGUCGUGUUAUGUUUGUGUAUUGUCACAUUACCCUAUAUGAUUCAUUUCUGAUAAUAUUUCUAGAUGUACAGUCUGUUCCAGUUCUCAGACCGCUCUGGAUACGAUUAUAGGGUGGAUGAAAUUAAUGAAUUACCCUGCAGGAAACGCUACCCAAAAGAAUUUGACCGCCAGUCGAAGUGGAACACUCAAUUUACAGACAUUCUCAGCCUCUUCAAGGUUAGUUUGUCUGUCUUUCUGUCUUUUCCAUGAUACAUUUCUAUGAUACAUUUUCUCUGCUUUUCUAUUUAUUGGUCCAUAUUUUUCUUCAAGGACUCUCCUUCUACCAUCCUAAACCUUUAAUACAUUAUUUAUCGUCUCUAGAUUUUUCUUAGGCAUAUGUCUUCUUCUCAAACCUUUCCUAGGAUGUAGGAGUGAAGAUCCUGACAAAUGCUCUAAUCCAGAAGUCACCUGACACAACUGAGUGCCCCUAUGAAGCUUAUGCAGAAGCUGGUAACCAUAAAACAAAAUGCUUGACAAUUCAAGUCUUUUAGUAAUACCAGAAGUUCUGAUUAAGUUUUUAAUGUCAGUGCAGGACCUUCUUUUAUAUUUAUUUGAAGUGUCAGGACUAAGAGUGAUUUCAAACAAGACUGUAACAAUAUUUUCAGGUUUGAUUCCUUGAAACGUCAGCUCAGGUAGUCUUGGACAAAGCUAACAAGGUAAUUCACUAUAUGGUGAGAUAUAGAAUAAACAAAUAAAUAGAAACAAGUAGGAAGCUAUAGUAUAGCACACAAGUAUAUAUAUAGCCCAAAAAAGUCCAAUAUAUGAAAGUCCACAGUAAUAGUAUGGGAAUACACUUGCAAAUAGUGUUUGUCCAACAGAAUGUCUGCGUGAUUCCUCAAUGGGAGUACCAGGGUAAGUUCAGCAGUGGGAUCCGUAUGUAACAACAGAGAGAGAGAAAAAAAAAAGAAGGAAUAAUAGGGUAGUAUGUUCUAUCUGAGUAUAGCUAAAAGGAAUAAGAUAUACUCCUACUCACGUUUUAUGGAGCUGUAACUAGCUCCAAUAUGAAUGGCCUAGAGUGGUACAAUCCCUACUUGCAAGGAUACGUGAGAGUAGGGUCUUUGUAGUAUGAGGACCAUAAAAUAUAAAAAGAUAAAAAGGAAACACAAUAGUGCUUUCUAUAUAAAAUAUUUUGAGGUAAAAAUUAAAUUAAGAACAUACUCACAUUUACCAGAGCAGGCGAACUGCUCGAUGGAUAGGGUGUGGGUGGUAUAAUCCCCACCAGGGACAUCUUGAGAAUAGUACUCACUGGAGCAAAAAAUCAGGUGCCUGGCAGUUUGAAGUAAAAAUAAAAAAAUUAAAGUAGUAAUAAAAUGUAAAAAAAGAGUAAAAUGGCACACUCUGUAAAGUGUAGUAUAAGCCAAAAUACCUUUAUUUUAACAAGUAUAAAAUAGGAUAAAACAGUAUAUAAAAUAACCACAACGCGUUUCGCCUCAGGGGCUUUUUCAAGUGGAGAUAGAAAUAGAUAGAAAUAGUGACCUGGCAUGCAAGGGUUUUUAUAGGGAAAUGAGGGUUAGUCAAUUUUUAAAUAUGACGUCAUUGUCAUAUUAUUAAUACAUUUUAUUUACUUUAAAAGCUAACUUUGUUUAUUAGGUUGAAAAUGGCAGGUAUGAGGGCGAAGUAAAUUUAUAAAAAAAAUAUAUAAAAACAAGGCUUAUUUGAUGUAUAAAAACCGAUACUAAUGAUAAUGUGAUCGGCCGCCAUAUUUAGUGGCGGUUGUGAUGCAUUAUGAGGAAUGUAGUUUACAGAAUAGUGAUCGGGUUGGUUGGGGAAGAGUGAGUAAUAUAUAGUUAACUAAUAUACUGAGUAAUAUGAGGUAAGAUUGGAGAUUAUUGUAAUUGUAAAAAACGAGUAGAUAAAAUUUGGUCCGCCAUUUUUAUUUUCGGCCGCAGGGAGAGAGGCAUCUUGGGAUAUGUAGUUGGCCGUGAUAGCUGGGGGAAGUGGAGUGACAUAGGUAUAUGUCAGAAUAUGAUGGGCGUGAAUGGAUUAGUGCAUUUACACGGCAGUAUAGGUAGCUAGGGGAAUGGCUACAAACGGAUGUAGGAGGAGUUGUUGGGGAACGGACAGUGAAGGGGAUAUUGUCUAAAGUGCAAAUAUAAGGGGCUGGUGGGGUUGUAUUUGAAGGGGAAAGGUGAUGAAAUUAGGAUAACUUAGAGUAUAGUAUUUGUACUAAGAUGUAUAUAAUACUUAUAUGUUACAUAAAGAAAAUACAAUAUGCAAAUUUCAAACAUUCUAUAAAUAUAUAUAUAUAUAUACAUACAUACAUAAUUGAACAUAUACAUUAAAAUUGGAGGAAUAUGUCCAGGGGAUAAAAGGUGCUUUUUUGUAAAAAGUUAAAAAGGUGGAAAAUUAUAAGAAGUUAAAAAAGUUUAGAUAAUUUACCAUCAUGAAAGGGAUGUAAACAAGUUUAGAAACUUGGGUGUCAUCUUACCUUAAAAGGCAACUGACAGAGUUAUCCAAACAGUCAUCAUCUAGGUCCCGCCGUAUUCAGCUUCAACGAGCUAACCUCAGACUGGCCAGCGGUCAUUGGCUAAGAGUGUCAGAUGACACUAAAACUGGCUUCCCAUUGAGAAAAAUGCAUGAGAACCAUACAUAACUUUAUCAUUUUUCUCAGUGGAAAGCCAGUGAUAGUCUGAGAGCAUCAGCCUAUCAAAGAUGCCCAAUAUAUAAUAUAAUAUAUAAUUAUAACCCAACAAAACCUACUUUAGCAUAAUGUCUGUGCAAUCAAGAAUACUAUUAAACAGGUCUCUUAUGUGAGCCGUAGAUAAGACAGAGACAGAACUUUUUUUUAUGAGUAAGAAUAGUCACAAUGCACACAAAAAAAUAUGAUAAAUUACUAAGAGUGAAGAACAGAUUAAAAUAAAAAGGAGACAAAUUAACAGAAAAUUUGAGUUACUCACUUUGCUUGUGCAAUGAUGGAAAUGGCAACUUACUCAUAAUUAGUUUUUGACUCCCAGUAAAAGUGCAAUGUUAAUUAAAAUUUGAUAGAUUUUGUACCCUUUGCCCCAUUUUGAGUUUCCAAACUAGCCCCAAAGGAGGUACAGGGCAUGAAGGUAGACGUGAUUGUAUAAAUUUUAGUGACUUUUUAAAUCCUAGGUUGAUGACACCUCUCAUAUCACCUUUGGCCUCUUUAAACACAAACUUAUAUAAAAUAAUUUAAGAAAAAGGUCCCUAUUUCUUCCUGUAUGCCUGGUACAGAAAUAUUUUUUUAAUCUGUAGAAUUGUUACAAUUUAUCCAUUCCAAAGACACCUUACAAGACCUGUCUGUGUCUUUUUCAGGGAAUACCCUUAGCAUUGUGAAUAGAUAGAAAGACAGACAGACAUAAAAAAUAAAAGGCAUGAUUAUUCAUAUCUGGAUUAUUAUUAAUGUUUUUUGCAUAUGACUGGCUCCAGACUCCUAAUUGUCAAUUAGCAUAUCAAAGAGGCCCAAGGUCUGCAAAGCAAAAGCAGUCAAAAAUUGGGCAACCAACAGGUAUGGAAAUGUAUGAAACACUGCACAUUUAAACCAUGCAACCAUAUGAUCUAACAGAUGGCACAUUCUUGUACCAGGCAAAUUAGCCAUUACAGUGCUGUAAUUUCAUACCACACAUAUUAGGUAAACAUUCCAUAUAUUCAUUAUACAUCAGUGUUAAUUUUGGCAGCAAAUCUCAAUUUAGUUUUAGUCAUGCUCUUUUGAUUAAAAAGCCAUUUUAGUUUUAGUUGUAUUUUAGCCAUCUGAAUUGUUUUAGUUUUUCGCCUAGUUUUAGUCGACUAAAUCUAAAAAAUGUUAGUCGACAAAAUUAACAGUUAUACAUAUUACAUUUAUUUACAAUAUUUCUACAAUGCAACAAUGAAUCAUGCUUGCUGGUCAUGACACAAUGCCCAUGACCUCCAAGCACCAUUACAACUUCUUUGAGAUUAAGUUUCCUUGUUGGCCAGAGUGUUCCUUUAAGUUAUCUAUGGGCUGUUAUUUUUAAGAUAUACCGUGGGUGCCCUAUGUAGAGUCUCACAAUGAGAUUUUUUAGGUAAUGCUAGGGCUGAUAAAUUUCAGUUGAUCCUGAGGGAAUUAAUUGUAUUUGUUUAAUUUUCUCAACAGAAUCCGAACACAUGGACUCAGCAGAAUUCUUCAAUGCUGAUAGGGCACCUGAUGGUGCAAUCAAUGAUCCUGUAAAUGAAGUUUUUGAAAUUAAUGUUCCUGAAAAUAAUGUUCCUGAAAAUAAAGUUCGGGAAUUUUUCCCUGAAACCUGGUUAUGGAAACUUGUGGUAAUUAAGUAAGACAACUCAGCUACAUUAUUAUAAACCUCCUAAAUGAGACUGAGUGGGAUGGGAGGACAUUUUGGAGAGAGCAACCAGAUAUGAGCAAAAAUGGGAACAAAGGUAGAGGAUGAAGGAAAACUGAAGAUAUGUGGAAAAUGAUGGUAGAUGAAGGAAAUUAAGGAGGCCAUAAACAGGCUGAAGAAGAGCUGAAGAUAGCUCAUGGGUAAAAUAGAAGGCAGAAGGAAGAACAAGUAGUAAGAAACAGUUGUGAUAUAUGAUAUAGUUGAAGAUAUCUAGGUAAGGACAGGGUAGGCUGGAAUAAGGACGUUAAAAGAAGCUAGAAGAGGCAAAAUGGGGGGAACUGAAGAUGUGCUUCAUUUACACUUCAUUUUAUGCCAAUUUCAUCUCCUAUAAUUUACAUUGUAUCCCUUUCCUCUGCACGCUGCCCAAUGCACCACAUACAAACUAAUUUCGUACCUCUCUCUCCUUUGUCACUCAGUGAAAUGGGAAAAGCAGACCUUAAUGUUACAGUACCGGACACCAUCACAGACUGGAGUGCAGGGAUAUUCUGUACAGGACCCUCUGGCUUUGGCCUUUCUGCACCUGCAUACGUCCGUGCUUUUCAGCCAUUCUUUGUGGAGAUGAGUCUGCCAUAUUCUGUGGUCCUGGGAGAGUUAUUCACUCUCAAAGCUUCAGUUUUUAACUAUCUGGAAGACUGUAUAAAGGUCAUUUUCUCUCUCUCUCUCUCUCUCUCUCUUUCUCUCUCGCUAUAG